AUGCUCUAUCCACCAUCUGUCUCCUACAUAACAGCAGCAGCAGGUCUGUGUCAUGCUCUUCCUGGUCAGCAGCAGCUGCCUCAUAGCAUUCACUCGGAGAGCGAUAACAUUUCCGACAGUACUAUGCCGUGCAGCAAAAAAGAACUCGAUGAUGAGGAAUUUCGAACACUGGUUGGAUUUUUUGCUUUUUGGAAAGGAAGAACCUUGGAUGAACAUCUGACGUUUAUAAAUGGUAGCGAUGAAGGGAAGGGAUAA